AUGGAUGUGUUUCUCAUGAUCCGGCACAAGAAGACCACCAUCUUCACUGAGGCCAAGGAGUCCAGCAAGGUGUUGGAGCUCAAGCUCAUAGUUGAGGGCAUCCUGAAGAGGCCUCCUGAGGAGCAGCUGCUGUUCAUCGAUAACCAGCUCCUGGAUGAGACAAAAACUCUGAGUGAAUGUGGCCUCACUAGCCAGGUAGCAACGCCACAGGCCCCAGCCACAGUGGGCCUGGCCUUAAGAGCAGAAGAUGCCUUUGAAGACCUGGAUAUCCACCCCUAUUCUUGUCCUCCAGAGCUUCCAGAGGGCUACAUCAAGCCAGAAGAUUCUGGAAACAAUGCUAAGGAACAAGAUGUGCAGUGA